UGGCAGUGUGAUCUACCGGCACCCCCAGUCGCGGCUGCUCGGUAAAAUGGCGAGUCUGGUCGGAUUCAAGUCUCCGGCGCCCCAGCUGCAGGCGGACCCCGUAGCAGUGCUGGAUCAUAAGCUGGACCAGGAGGAGCGGACGAUGAAGAAGGAUAACCGACGGUGGCGCGUCAUCAUCUACUUCACCGUCACCGUGUGCCUCAUCAUCUUCGGACUGGUGCUGGCGCAGGUCAUCUCGUCGGUGACGUCAUCGGGCGGUCAGCUGCCCAAUGUUGACGUCACGGAGGCGGCGGCGGCGCUGGACGCGCCGCGUCACGAGCCGCUGCUGGCCGGCCUCGGCGGCGCCGACGGUCGGCAGCGCUCCCCGGCGCAGCCAAAGGCGGGCGGCGACCCGAGCGACACCUAUACGGCCGACUCGGGCGACAUCUAUGUGACGGUGCCGGGCGGCCGCGCCGAGGACGACUACGUGCUGACGGUGGCGCGCACGGCCGGCGGUCAGCUGGACAUGGCCGUUAAGGCAGAGGGAGCCGGCUCCGCCGCGCACGCCGCCGCCAUCGAGAGCGCCCUCCAGGAGGCCAUUGUGCUGGGCGAGCGGCAGCAGGCCGAGGCCGUGGCCGUGGCCGAGGCGGAGGCGGCGGAGGCGGAGGCGGUAGCGGAGGCGGAGGCAGAGGCCGAGGCGGAGGCGGAGGCGGCUCUGCAGCCCGAGGCGCGGGCCGGGUACGUCGCCUACGUCCCCGUUCCGCUCGGCGGCGAGGAGACGCCCACCACGGCGACCACCUCGACCACGCGCCGGCCGGAGCCGCAGCCGCAGCCACGCCGGCCGCUCUUCGUGCCGGUGAUGUUCCAGGAGCGGCAGGCGGCGGGCCGGCCCCAGUUUGUGCGCCGGCCGUCGCCGGUGCUGACUGCGCCGCGGCCGUCGCUGCUGCGGCCGCCGCCGCUGCCCUCCGGACAGACGGUGCAGCGGCCGAGCCUGCCGCCGCCGGCCGGCCACUCGGCGCGGCCGCAGCUGGCGCUGCUGCUGCGGCGGCCCGGCGCCGGGUUCCCGGCCGGAUUCAACGCCCACCAGGAGGCCAACCUGGUGCGCCGUCCGGUACCGAUCGGCCCGCUGCCGCUCAGCGUCCAGGGGCGCACCGGUGACCUGGUGACCUCUGCGCGCCCUCUGACUUCCGUGCCGCCCACCCUGCCCAGCUCUGUGGCGCUGAGCAGGCUGCUCGGGCCGCGCUUCCCGCCGCGCCGACCCGUGACCCCCGCCGGGCUGCGGCCAGGCCCCUUCCGUCCGCCAAUCAGCGUGGCCCCGCCGCACCAGCCGGCCAAUCAGCGUCCGCCUCACUCCAGUCGCCGUCCGUUCCCGCCGCCACCAGCCAAUCACCGCCCGUUCCCGCCGCCGCCGACCAAUCAGCGCCCGUUCGCGCCUCCGCCGACCAAUCAGCGCCCGUUCGCGCCUCCGCGGUCGCACGGUGUCCCAGUGGGACCGAGUCCGGCCGGCCGCCGGUUCCCGUCCGCUGCCUCGGUGCCGCUGGUGGGGAACCCCCAGUACAGCUACCCGCGGACGGCCACCGGCAUCCAGGACAUCCUGAGCUACAUCAGCGGCGACGCGGCGCGCAACGGCCACGGCGCCUACGGCCGGUUCAGCAGCGGGCCCGUGUCGUCGGCCGGGCAGCGCCGCGACGGCCCCGUGUACCCGGCCGGGUACCGCCGGGACCGGCUGGCGCUCGGCUCGGCCGGCCGGCCGCUGCAGCUGAUGCUGGACGUGUACCCGGUGGAUAACUCGGACAGGUAUCAGUCGUCCAACUUCUACCUCGGUUCAGGUCACCGGGGCCGGAACCGGUUCGACAGACAGAACCGCGACGACCAUACCGUGUACAACAAUCACCACAACAAUGACAAUAGCUACAACAAUGACAACAAGUACAACAGCCAGGAGAAUAACAAUUACCGUAACAGCUACAACAGAAACGAUAACAACAGGUAUAACAGCUACAACAACAAUUAUAAUAGCGAUUUUAAUUAUUACAACAAUGACGGCUAUCGAAACUCAGACAAUAGGGAGAACGACUUCCAUAAUGAUAGACACCGUUAUCAAUCCAACAAUAACGGCCACGCCAACAAUGGUGACUACUACGAUAACGGCGGCUACUCUAACAAUAACGGCUACUCCAACAACAAUAACGGCUACUCCAACAAUAACGGUUACUCCAACAACAAUAACGGUUACUCCAACAACAAUAACGGUUACUCCAACAACAAUAACGGCUACAUCAACAACAAUAACGGUUACUCCAACAAUAACGGCUACACCAACAAUGGUGGCUACUCCAACAAUAACGGCUACUACGACAACAGCGGCGGCCACUCGGGCGCCGGCGGCACGCCGGGUGGGCCCGGCGGACAGCACCGGUUCAGCCCCAGCUACCUCGAGGACACGGGCAGCCAACGGGGGAGCCGGCGGGACGGCUACCCGGGGAGCCGGUCGGACGGCGGAGAGGGCGGCUUCGGCGGCAGCCAGGACGACCUGCACAAGAUUGUACUGCACCUGAACAUCUACUCCCAGCGGCCGGAGCAAUACGGGGGACACACGUCCAGCAGCAGCCGCCGACUCAGUCUCGACAUUCCCCUGAGGCGCCAACAGCUGACGGCGCACGCGCUCUACGACGCCAUCUUGGCAGGAAAAUGGCUGCCACCGGACGACCAGCCGCACUUUGAGUUUCUACAAGAGCCGGGCGCCAGCGGACGGACCUCUGCCGAGCCCUCCCUGGAGGAGGAGCUGCCCAAGAUCCUGGCGGCGCUGCGGCGCCGGCUGGAGGAGGCGCCGCAGACGCUGCUGGAGCUGCAGCCGCCCGCCGGGGAGGACGGCCACGGAGGACACGACGGGGACCGCUGGGACGAGGAGGCACUCUGGAGAGAGGACCACCGACACGCAGGGGACUAUCAACACGGAGAGGAGCACCGAGCUAGAGAGGAACAUCAAUACGGAGAAGACCACCGACACAUUAUAUGGGACCAGCAGUACGGACAGGACCACCGACCUGGAGAGGAACACCGGCACGGAGAGGCCUCGUGGGACCACGGGAGGUGGCAGGACCACCACUCCACGGCGGACCCCGGGCAGCCCGCCCCCGGCGGACAGUAUGACGUCAGCGCGGCCCCCGGCGGCGGACAGUAUGACGUCAGAGCGGCCCCCGGCGGACCGCGUGAGCAGCCCGGUCCGGGCCACGGCGGACCGCGUGAGCAGCCCGGUCCGGGUCACGGCGAGGAACAACGGGGCAGCGAGAACCACAUCAGCUGGACCUCAGUUCAAAAGAUCAACGACCUCACGGAGGGUUACCUGCGGCCUGACCAGGUCACCCGGCCGCCGGUGACGUCACGGCCUACCCUGGUGACGUCACUGGCGGCGGCGGCCACCCACGAGCCGCUGCCGACGCCGCUGGCCAGUCGGCGGCGGCCGCCGUCUGCAGAUGGCGCUGGCGACCAGGCUACGAGUGGGAAAGAGGGCGCUGGUAGCGCUGGUACGGACAGCGGUCACGGCAGCAUGCUGGCGAGCCCGACCGCGUAAUGAGGGGACAUCGGCAGUCAGUCGGGUUUUCGUUACUGCUAUGCGGAUAAAACCU